CAAAAUCAUCAAAUGUAACUGCAAAGCUUUCGUAUUCCUUGAUUUUUUUAGCUUUCAAUCAAAAUUUAUCUCCGUAAAAAUAAUUUGAUCGCUAGCAGCAAUGGCCACAUUUCUCAGUCAUGAGACUUGCCCGACUAUAAAAAACAUACUUUUGCUGGAUUCUGAGGGGAAGCGUGUUGCAGUUAAGUAUUACUCAGAUGAAUGGCCUACAAAUAGUGCUAAGCUUGCUUUCGAAAAAUCUAUUUUCUCAAAGACUCAAAAAACCAAUGCUCGAACAGAAGCGGAGAUAACAAUGGUAGAGAACAACAUCAUCGUUUAUAAGUUUGUCCAAGAUCUGCACUUCUUUGUGACCGGGGGCGAUGAAGAAAAUGAGCUGAUCCUAGCUACCGUUCUACAGGGAUUCUUCGAUGCAGUCACCCUACUCCUUAGGAACAAUGUCGACCAAAGAGAGGCACUUGAGAACUUGGAUAUGAUUCUUCUGUGCCUAGAUGAAAUCGUGGAUGGAGGGAUUAUUCUCGAAACAGACGGUAGUAUUAUUGCUGGAAAAGUAGCAACCCAUAGUAUAGAUGAUGGUGCACCAUUGUCAGAGCAGACGAUAUCUCAAGCUCUGGCCACUGCACGUGAGCAUCUAACAAGAUCUCUUCUGAAAUGAUUCAAAAGCAAUCUCCCUUCACACUCUUUUAGAGUAUGAUAUUCUGUUAUACUGAAGUUUUUGGUGCUUAUGAUUUGUAGUUAGAGUACCAUAUAAUAAAUAAUCUUUGGCCUUCAAUACAUAGUACAACGAAAAUAUCCAACUGCUUGUCUGAAAUAUAUUGUGUAGAGAAUGACAUAUACUACAUCAUGUUUGUUCAUUUUGAGAAGAACAACCUCUUGUUCAUGGGAGAGAAAAAACCUCUUGGUCAUGGGAACUUUUAAAUUUUGGUUUCGAUAGUAAACAUUUCUUACUUGAUUAAA